UCAUCAAAGCUCAGCUCAUCGGUCAGCAAGAUGUCAUUUGACUCGAUGAGAGCGCAGGUGGAAGCUUCCAUCCUUUGCUUGGUAGGUUGCUGUCACUGUGAGCGCGCGAUGCUGUGAGCUACCAGUACCAGCUGAAAGAAAACAGAGCUUUCCUCGGCUGCAGGAGAGCCACUGGCGCGCGCAUCGCCGUUGAUCGAUCGCCAGCAGAAGAAGCAAGCGAGCAACCAACAAGAGGAAUCACCUCAGGAAGGGGAAGCCCGCAACCCCGCAUGCCGCCACUGGGCGGCCAUCCCGUCGCUGCCAGACUUGUUCGCGCAGUGACAGCUCCGAGACGGCAUCAGCUGCAACUUGCCUAGCGCAGGGACAAGAGGUCCUGUCCAUGAGGCAACCAUGCUCAUGCUCAUCAACAAAUACCUCAGGAGCAAGGACGGAGCAGGCAGCGAAGGCAAGCAACAGCAAGAGAUGAAUCCGGCCUCCAACGGGGCGGAGCGCGAGCGCCUGUGCAUGCCCGGCUGCGUGCCGGUGCGCGCCAAGCGGGCCGCGACGGCGACGGCGACCGUUACCACGACGGCGAGGACGUCGCGGCACAACUUCGUCAAGGCCGCCGCGUCCGGUCUGUUCGCGGGUGCGCAGUUCACCAACCACGAGUCGCUUCCCGCGCUGCCCGACGCCUACUCGGAGUUCGUGGCCGCGUUCCCGCAGUACGCCGCGCUCGCGCGGGCCGAUGCCAUCCGGAAUGAGGAGUACCAGCACCUCGACCGGCACGUGUGCCUGGACUACACCGGCAUGAACCUCUUCUCGCACGCGCAGAUGAACUCGUCCCUGCCGUCCACAUCCGCGGCGCCGCCGGCGUCGUCCGGCGAGUGGCAGCCGCCCUUCUUCGACAUCGCGUACAAGUCCACGAGCCUGCGGACGCAGGUGGAAUGCGGGGACGGCGCCAAGGGAGUGGCGGGCGUCGGUGCGGCCAUCACGAAGCGGAUCAUGGCGUCGCUCAAGAUACCCGAGGACGAGUACAGCAUGGUGUGCACGGCGAACCGGACGACCGCGUUCCGGCUCCUGGCGGAGUCCUAUUCGUUCCAGUCCGGGAAGCAGCUGCUCGCCGUGUACGACUACGAGAGCGAGGCCGCGGGAGCCAUGGCCGAGAGCGCGCGCCGUCGCGGCGCGGACGUGACGUCCGCGAGCUUCGCGUGGCCGAGCAUGAGGAUCCACGCCGCCGACCUCCGCAAGAAGUUAUCCAAGGGCCGGCGGCGCGGGGGCCGCGGGCUGUUCGUGUUCCCGCUGGCGUCCCGCAUGACGGGCGCGAGGUACCCGUACCUGUGGAUGAGCGCGGCGCACGAGCAGGGGUGGCACGUGGCGCUGGACGCGUGCGCUCUCGGCACCAAGGACCUCGACACGUUCGGGCUCUUCCUCAUCCGCCCCGACUUCAUCGUGUGCAACUUCUUCAAGGUGUUCGGCGAGAACCCCUCCGGCUUCGCGGGGCUCUUCGUCAAGAAGUCCAGCCUCGCCGCGCUCGAGCGCUCCGUGAUCGCGCGCAGCAUCGGCAUCGUCAGCAUCGUCCCCGCCCGCCGUUGGUCGCUCCACGACGGCUACUCCACUGAGCUGGAGCACUCGCUCAGCUUCCCCAAGCUCGCCGAGCCAGCGGCGGACGACUUUGACGUCGACACCACCAGCUCCUUCUCCGGGCCGCUCAGCUCCACCGCCAUCACUCGCAGCAGGACCUUGCAGGCCGACGGGGCAGACAACGGCGACGCUCCGGAGAUCCGCGAGGUCGACACGGCAGAGAACGGCGUGCACUCGGAGGAACCGAAAGCAGAGGAGGGUGACGAAACGCAGGGGCGAGCCAAGGAGGGGCAGAGGAGCGAGGGCGCCAUGGAGGUGGAGUGCAGGGGCCUGGACCACGCGGACGCGCUCGGGCUCAUCGCCAUCGGCAACCGGCUGCGGUGCAUCAGCAACUGGCUGGUGGUGGCCUUGCAGAAGCUACGGCACCCGCACGGGGAGAGUGGGCACCCGCUGGUGCGUGUAUACGGCCCGCGCGUCAAGUUCGAGCGGGCGCCCUCGCUGGCGUUCAACGUGUUCGACUGGAAGAACGAGCGCGUGGCGCCGCCGCUGGUGCAGAAGCUCGCCGACCGCCACAACAUCUCCCUCACCUGCGGAUUCCUCUGCAACAUCUGGUUCUCAGACAAGUACGAGGCCGACAGGGGCAUCAACCUGGAGCACAGGACCGCCGGCGAUGCCGGUGCUGUGAGCGGCGGCGGCAAGAGGAGGAAGGACGCCGGCGGCGACGUGGGGAUCUUCGUGGUGAACGCGUCGCUCGGGUUCCUGAGCAACUUCGAGGACGCCUACAGGCUGUGGGAGUUCGUGGCCAAGUUCUUGGACGCCGACUUCGUGGAGAAGGAGAGGUGGAGGUACACCGCGCUCAACCAGAGGACGGUCGAGGUGUAGACCAGGCAGGAUUGCAGCCGCCAGCUUCAGUCUCAGCUUGACCAUUGGUAAUGUUCAGUUCGCUGUAAAGCAGCAUUCUUUUUGGGAUCAGCUCGACCGUGUCGUGUGGGCCGCGCUCUUCCUUCCAGCUCCAUUCUUUCAGUGUACACUGUAAGUGUACACUGUAAAGUGUAAAGUCUGCUUCCGUCAUAGUAAGAAUAUAAUUUGGUAUGUGAAACUAAAA